UUGUUUUGACUGAAAAUGCCGUCGGUUUCGAAAGCAGCGGCGGCGGCGUCGGCGCUGAGCGGUCCCCCCCAGACAGAGAAACCGACUCAUUACAGGUAUCUAAAGGAAUUUAGGACAGAACAGUGCCCUCUGUUUUUGCAGCACAAGUGUACACAACACAGACCAUUUACCUGUUUUCAUUGGCAUUUCCUAAAUCAGCGUCGCCGUAGACCCAUCCGAAGGCGUGAUGGAACUUUUAAUUAUAGUCCUGAUGUGUAUUGUACAAAAUAUGAUGAGACUACAGGAAUUUGUCCGGAUGGUGAUGAAUGUCCUUAUUUACAUCGGACCACUGGGGACACUGAAAGAAAGUAUCAUCUCAGAUAUUACAAGACUGGUACAUGUAUACAUGAAACAGAUGCUCGUGGCCAUUGUGUGAAGAAUGGACUCCAUUGUGCCUUUGCUCAUGGCCCUCUUGAUCUUAGACCACCAGUAUAUGAUAUAAGGGAACUUCAGGCACAAGAAGCCUUACAAAAUGGCCAGCUUGGCAGUGGCGACAGCAUUCCUGAUUUACAACCUGGAGUCUUAGCUAGCCAGGCAAUGAUAGAAAAAAUCCUUGGGGAAGAUCCCAGGUGGCAAGAUACCAAUUUUGUCUUAGGUGGCUACAAGACUGAACAGUGUCCAAAGCCACCUCGUCUCUGUCGUCAGGGCUACGCUUGUCCGCAUUAUCACAAUAGUAGAGAUCGAAGACGAAAUCCCAGGAAAUUUAAGUACAGGUCCACUCCAUGCCCUAGUGUAAAACAUGGAGAUGAAUGGGGAGAACCUUCAAAAUGUGAAAGUGGGGAUAACUGUCAGUAUUGUCAUUCUCGUACUGAACAACAAUUUCACCCCGAGAUUUAUAAAUCUACAAAGUGCAAUGAUAUGCGACAAACUGGGUACUGCCCUCGGGGUCCAUUUUGUGCUUUUGCACAUGUUGAAAAGGAUACCAUGAAUGUGGUUAUGAUACAGAACAGUGGUCAGUCAAAGCCUGGUGCUCACAUGUUCACAGCAGAGAGUAUAGGAAUCACAAAUGACUGGAACUGCCAUGAUCCAAAUGCCACGAACAACAUUACAAGUAAUAAUGGGCAGCCUGGAAAUAUCUCCUGUUCCAAUAGUCCAACAGUAACAUCAAGCUCUGGUAGCAGUAGUUCCUUGUCUCCUAUUGGACCCCUUUGUAGGCAAAGAUCAUUAGCAAAUGGUGGUUUAUGUUCAGAAUCUACCACAUCAGGCGUUUCUUCACCAACUUCUAACUAUCCAAAAGCACCAGGUUUUGAACGAGAGGAUCAGGCGAAACAGAGAAAUUUGCCUACUGAAAAUAACCAGAAAAUAAGUGAACAAGACAAUAAACAGAACCACCUCAGUGUGUUUGCAGUGGUUAACCCACUUGCUUCAAGUAUAACCUCCAGUAUAACUUCUAGUCUGGCUUCCAGUAUUGGAUCAGGUAGUUCAUCCCCUACAACUCUAUCAGCUAUCAAUGCCAAAGCUCUCCCGUUCUACCCUCCGAGUAAUACAGUUGAAUCAGUAAUAGAUAAAGAACUAGAAGAUCAAGAAACCAGUGACCUUGGAUUAACAAGUCAAAGGUUACUGGGAAGUUCAGCUCCUGUCAAUAUUCCAGGUUCUCUUCCUCGUUCACCAUCUUUGCAUUCAUCAUCAUCUCUCUCAACCUCCCCACUUAGUUCCUUAUCUCAGUCAUUGUCUCAGCCUCUUAUUCCAUCCACUAUGACUCCUCACCAACAGCAGCCUCAGCAUUUGAAAUCAGAACAUAAUGUUUUAGGCACGUCAGCCUCUUCCCAUAAUUCUUAAGGUUUAAAUGGUGUCAAUGGUGGCAUCUGGGAUUUCGUAACUGGGAGUUUCUCUCCUAGUCCUUCCCCUAUAUUGAGCACUGGAACUGGCCCUUCAGCAAACUCAAGUGCUCAUGGCAGCGAAUUAGCUCGAGUCAGGCGGGAACUUGAUGAGGCCAAGAGAAAAAUCAAACAGUGGGAAGAUUCUUGGCAACAAGUAAAACAGGCUUGUGAUGCAUGGCAGAGAGAGGCCCAUGAAGCAAAGGAACGUGCUAAAGUAGCAGAUACUGACAAACAGCUAGCUUUACAGAAGAAGGAAGAAGUUGAAAAUAAAUUUAAACGGCUACAGGAAGAGUUUGAAAGGCUUGGUUUAUCCUCUAAAUUUCCUGUUCUAAGAAGCUAUGGAGACAUAGAAACCAUCCCUUUACCAAAGCUGCAUUCAUUACAGAGUCAGCUACGUUUAGAUUUAGAAACUGUGGAUGGAGUAAUCUUCCAACUUCAUUCAAAAAAAUGUGUCGUGUGCCAUGAACAUGAUCGUAGCAUUGUCCUGCAGCCGUGUCAGCAUUAUGUCCUCUGUGAGCACUGUGUAUCUAGCCAGCCUGAAUGUCCUUACUGCAAGGCCCAGCCGAUCAAGUGGUGACCCCCAGCCCUGGUACUCAUGGCUGUAGCUCUGUAUGAAAUGACAUCUGCUAUAUCAUGGUAACUAAUUAAGGACAUUAUUUUAUGUUUCUAGUAUUUUAUAUAAAGACAGAUGUAGUAGUUCAUUUAUUAGUGACAGACUGAUGAUCACAAUCUGGACCUCUAAGGAGAUAGAAAAUGGUAGUUUUUUUUUAAUGACUAUUAUGUGACUGCCUUUACAUAUUGACUUCUUUUUUACCAACCAUGUCCAAUGUUUCAUGGCUACUUUGAUCUUCAGAACCCUUAAAAAUACACACACAGAACCAGUUCAACUGCUCAGUCCAUUCAGGUUCUCCCUCUGAGCUAAGCAUAGACAAGGUGUCUAUUCCGAAUGUUGUUCAGUGGGAAAUAAGAAUAUCUCUCUGUUACGUGAAUAGGCAACCUCAUUGAAAAAUGUCCCUUGGAGCAUUCUAAUCCAUGACCUGUUGGUGUGUGUGUUAUAAAUCAUGCCAGUAUUUUGGAAUCAGUCUAACACUACUGUUUACUAGGUUAUUAGAAGAAGUUUGAUUCUUGUGAAAGCACUUUGUUAACCAGGGGGUUUAGUUAGAGGUUAUGAUGUUGUUUUAAAUUGCUUUAAGCUGCUUUCUAGGUUUCAUGUUUUUUUAAUAUACGAUAAUAUGAAGCUUUAUAUGUGUACUGUGAACUUAAAAUAUUUCAUAUCAGUUUAUUAUUGUUAAAUCAUAGUAUGGUAAAUAUAUUGUUAGAUUUCAUAUUCUGAAAUUAGUACUUAUUAAAUGAACAUUUAUCUAGUAGUGAAAAACUUGCCUAGGAUUUUUACAGUUUUCAAAUUAAGUGCAAACAGAUAGUAUUUAUAAGCAAAGAGAGUGAUUAUUGAAAGGCACAUAUACUUAAGCAUUUAGAUAGGUUUUUAAUUUUAUGAAAGGAACUAAUUUUCCUAAACAUGUGCAUUUGCACAUAUUCCAAUUGGAGUUUUGUAAUCCUGAUGAAAUGAUUUUAAGAGAGAUCUAUCAUGCAUUUAUAUGAUCCAUGGCCACUUUUUCCAAGUGCCUAUAUGCCUUGCAAAAGAAUUGAAGGAAACAGCUUAUAUUUUUGUUUUGUUCUUUUAUCCCUUAAAAAUGUGCAAGACAAUUUGAUACUAACAAAAACCCUUACCUUUCUGUAAUGAUAGCAACUCAAUAUAAUAUCUUGUAAGGGAUGUGACACUAGAAUUUUUAAAAUUAAAUUAAACUACACAGCUAUGUUCUGGUGAUCAAAUUAUUUAGGUCUUUAAUCAGGCAAUGGUGCUUUGUAAUUUUUUUAGAGAUGUUGAUAGUCAUUCAUAUUUAACACUGACCAUUGGGAGUAUGCAAUUCAGGAGAAAUCAUUUACUGUAUGUUAACACUGUAUUUUGUUACUUUCAUAGAAUUAGCAUUUGGUAUAGGAAAAUGUUAACAAUGGUGGUUUUAUUCUACAAAUAUGAGUGUGACACAGGUACAGCUGACAUUGAAAAGACCUUCUACUGUGUUACCUAAUUUGUAUGUUCAAUUAUUGUUCUCAACCUAAGAAGUUCAUUCAUAUGACCAGCAAAGUUUAUUUUAAUCUCUGCAAAAAAAAUGUCUUGAAAAUGAACAAAUCCAGACUAACCACACCCUUUUGACUUUGGCGUCUGGCUGUGUGAAUCAGAACAUUUCCAAGAGCUGGGACCCUGGACAGCAGGUUGGCCUAGAGUGUAGGCCUAAGAACAUGGUUGACCAGAGUCUAGACCCAGCACCUUUUUGGUCAGGACGCCCUGGACGUUUAUGUGGUGGAUGGAAGGAAGGGGUUCAGUGACAGAGGAGGCAGGCUUGUGCCCGGACUUUUUCUCCCUCACCAGUAAGUCUUUUCAGCACAAAAAGCUACAGCAAGGUCAGUUAUAAGCCAGGGAGAAGAUACAAACUCCUGUGGCAAUAAGUUGAGGAGGGUGCAGAUUGAGGAACAAAACCAGAAGCCUUUAUACAUUAAGAUCUGGACAAAAUGUUAGACUGUUUUCUGAUGAAACUCUCAUUGUUCCUGGUCUGGAUUUGGACAUUUCCCCUACAUAUUAAACUUUUGAGAAAAAUUACCCAGACUAACUUUAUUCUCAGCAGAGCAGGUUGCUGCCUCCGGACAGUUAGGUCUAGGUGCUUAUAGUUAGAGAAUUUUUUUGGAUUCACCAAGUAGAGAGACUGGAUUGGGGAGAUAAGGUGGGGAAGGCCAGGAGAGAUGAAGUGGUACUUGAAUAACCAAGCUUUGCUGUGAAUAUCAAUGGACUUCUAUAUUUGUGUGGGCUUUGCCAAAGACUUUUAUUAAACAUUAAUAGCAUUUUUAAAAAGUGCAGAGUGACUAGGUAAGAAUUUUUAACAGUGACCAAAUUAGAAUGUAUUGUAAGGUAGUAUAUGUUUUGAUUUUUUAAAAUGUUUUAAAACAUACAACUGAUUUUAGACAAUGGUUUUAUUAUUAUCUCAAUAUAGAAGAAUGUGGCACCACAACAUUCUGCACCUAUUGUGCUAACAAAGGUAACUAUGUACUUAAGUUUUUAGUGAAGGUUUUUUGUUUUUAAUUGUAGUGAGAUGAUUCCAAUUUAUAUUAAAAAGUGGUCAUAGGCUGCAAUGCUUUUAGUUCAGUACUUAAACAUUAAGUAUAUUUUUGUGCUGUUAUCACUGUUUAAAAUUCUUUAUUUUUAUUAAUAUUUAUGCACUUGUUUCUCAUUUUAGGCCUUUUAUUUGGCCUUUUUGGAGUAACAGGACAGUGUUUUAUUAUCUGUAAUUGACUUUUCAAAUUAUGAACGAGUUAGAACAAUUAAGCUUUAGAUCUUCAUAAGCUAAUGUGGUCAGUUCUUUUUGUUGAAUUUGGCUAAUUCUCAGGAGAUGACUUAUCUCCAGGGCUAACAUUCCCAUGGUAUCUCCUUCACACAGUGAGGAGAAGAUAGGGGCUGGGCUGUUCUCAAAGGCCCACCAUAUUAAGAAGCACAUUUGGCAUAGGGCCUGGAUUUUCUGGUAGUAAACACCUGUGUUGGCUCUCUGUGUAGGAUAAUCACUGAUAGUUUUUCAGUGUGAGAAGAGUUGCAGGUGUGUGUCCAUAUGUUUCUGUAGUGCUCAUCAUAGACUGAAAUUUGAGUUUUUAAAAGACUGGGAGGAAAAAGGAGAGACCAAAGAAAUGUACCUAUGAGUGAAAUUCCCAGAGUAAGCGGCCUGGUCCUCUGUUACAUGCUAUUAUUCUGGCAAGUUCCUUGGGUGUGCUGAAUGAACCAUUUACAUAAAAAAGAAAGAUGCUUUCUCUGUGCCACUUUAAGUCUAUAUUCGUGUUUCAGUUCCUUAGAAAUAAUGGGACCUCCACAAGAGCAAUUUCCAGUCUUUUCCAAAGUGAUAUUUUUAAUACUGGAAAGUACAUUUGUUACAUUUAGUAGAAAUAUGCUCAGAAGGGAAUGUUACAGGUUUCAUUGGCCUGAGUAAGCCUGCUAAAGAGAAACUGUUUUAACAGAUGUAAGUUACAACAAUAUUAAAUACAGUCUGCUCAUUGUUCCCAGUUCUAUAAAGUUGAAUCACCCAGUGCAUGGAGGGAAGAACAACUCACAAAAUGACCAUGUGGCAAAGAACAGUUGAGAGUUUUAGAAUGCUAUUCAGGUCCCCCGUGUUCUCUGUGGAUUGAAGUAGCCAGAGAGUAGAGAGAUGACAGUGUCUCAGGGUGGGUUUCACAGUAAAGAACUCUUGUUUUAUAAGUGGAGUGCUGAUUUCAAAAGGAGCUUGAGCCGUGUGUUUAUAGAUAUGUUCAAAUUAUUCCAUCAGCAUUUUUGUUGCCUAUUGUCUUUUUCAACUAUCUAGUGUUAAAUAUUGGUAGUAAUAUUGUCACAAUAUAUUUGUGUAACUGUGGUCAGCAUAAGACCUUAAUUCAAUAUGGACUUUUCAUAUGUAUUAAUUUAUGAAAGCCGCUAAUAUGGUUUGAGUGUUUAGAUGAGAAUGUUAUUGUGAAUGGAAUUUCCUUAACCCAGAAGGUAGUAUUUAUAAUGCAUAAUCAUUUACUUGUAAUGAAUUGUUUAAAAUUGUUAACACUUGUUAAAUUUUUUUACACUAUAGCAUUUAUGCAAUGGUUUACAGAAUUCAUGGAAUUAUUUUUAUUAUCAGUAUGGGAAUUAAAAUUUUGAAUCUUUA